ACGUAGGCGCUGUUUUGUUAUGUACAGCAAUUCAAAUCGAUUGUUUAUCUAACGUUUGUUUACAAUUUUACUAGCUAGCCAUCAUAUGGCUUCCACUUUACUAUCACCGAUGGUAGAUUAUUACAAUGAUGAAGAAGACCUUGAUAGUGUGGACGAGGACGAUGAUCGAAGCUUCAGGGGAAUAGACUCGGAAGAAGACACUGAAGACGCCAGUGAAACUGACCUAGCGAAACACAACGAGGAUGACUAUGUGGAAAUUAAAGAACAGAUGUACAAAGACAAGUUGGCAUCAUUGAAAAGGCAGUUGACGCAACUCCAAGAAGGAACACUUCAGGAGUACCAGAAGAGAAUGAAGAAGCUGGACCAGCAAUAUAAAGAGAGACUUCGCAAUGCUGAUCUCUUCCUCCAACUCGAGACAGAACAGGUGGAAAGGAACCACAUCAAAGAGAAAAAGGCGGCGGUGAAGGAGUUUGACGAUAAGAAGGUUGAGCUGAAGGAAAAUUUAAUUUCUGAGCUGGAGGAGAAGAAGAAGAUGAUAGAGAAUGAGAAAUUAACAAUGGAGUUGACCGGCGAUUCUAUGGAGGUGAAACCCAUCAUGACCCGGAAGUUGAGGAGGAGGCCCAACGAUCCAGUCCCCAUUCCAGACAAACGAAGGAAACCUGCACCUGCUCAGUUAAACUAUUUGCUAACAGACGAACAGAUAAUGGAAGAUCUGCGAACACUGAACAAGCAACUGAAGUCCCCCAAGCAUCCAGUGUCUCCGUCUUCUCCAGACCAUAUGCCCAUCACUCCAGUAGAGGCCCCUUCACAGCGCUAUGAAGCCCGCAUCGAAGAAGGAAAGCUCUACUAUGACAAGAGAUGGUACCAUAAGGGCCAAGCCAUCUACCUGGAGUCAAAGGAGAAUACCAAGAUCAGCUGUGUCAUCAGCUCUGUGGGAACAAACGAGAUCUGGGUGAGGAAGACCAGUGACAGCACAAAGAUGAGGAUCUACCUGGGACAACUACAGAGAGGAGCGUUUGUCAUCCGACGGCGGUCGGCGGCAUAGAACAAAUGCCCCUUCUGUUUCUCCAUCCAUCUCUAUAGCAUUUCUCCAUCCAUCUCUAUAGCAUUUCUCCAUCCAUCUCUAUAGCAUCUCCCUCAUUCUCUUUUUGUAAGUAAAGUAUGUGGCUUCCCUCAUGUUGAUCCCCCGCCCUACUGUGUGCCUGAGGAAGUUUCCUCAAUGACUUCCUGAAGGUUCAACUAGGGAUGCGCCGAUAUAACAUUUUUGCCCAAUAUUGAUAUUUUCCUUGCCAAAUAAAACGAUACCCGAUAUUUAACAUUUUUGCGGUCUUUUAAGCAUUCUAGUACAGUUAAAUAGUUAACACGCAAACGGGGGCAGCGGUCUAAGGCACUAUAUCUCAGUGCAAGAGGUGUCACUACAGUCCCUGGACCCUACAGUCCCAUAGGGCCCCAUAGGGCCCAGUGUCUUCUGGGUUUGGCCGGUGUAGGGCGUCAUUGUAAAUAAGCAUUUGUUCUUAACCGAUUUGCCUAGUUAAAAGUUACACACACCAAAAUAAAGCAAAGCAGUGCGACAAAAACAACAGUUACACAUAAAUGUACAGUCAAUAACACAGUAGAAAAUCAAUGUACAGUGUGUGCAUAUGUAGAAGAGUCAGGCGGGGCGGUAAGGCAAUAAAUAGGCCAUAGAGGUGAAAUAUUUACAAUUUAGCAUUAACACUGGAGUGAUAGAUGUGCAAAUGAUGAAUGUGCAAGUAGAGAUACUGGGGUGCAAGAGGGUAAGUAAUAAUAUGGGGAUGCUGUAGUUGGGUGUGCUAUUUACAGAUUGGUUGUGUACAGGUACAGUGAUUGGUAAGCUGCUCUGACAGCUGAUGCUUGAGUUAGAGAGGGAGAGGCUUCAGUCAUUUUAUUUUUUUUGCAAUUCGUUCCUGUCAUUGGCAGCAGUGAACUGGAAGGAAAGGUGGCCAAAGGAAGUGUUGGCUUUGGGGAUGACCAGUGCAAUAUACCUGCUGGAGAAUGUGCUACGGGUGGGUGUUGCUAUGGUGACCAGUGAGCUGAGGUAAGGUGGGGCUUUACCUAGCAAAGACUUAUAGAUGACCUGGAGCCAGUGGGUUUGGUGAUGAAUAUGUAGCGAGGGCCAGCCAAUGAGCAUACAAGUCGCAGUGGUGAGUGGUGACAAAACGGAUGGCACUAUGAUCGACUACAGCUAGUUUGCUGAGUAGUGUUGGAGGCUAUUUUGUAAAUGACAGCGCCGAAGUCAAAGAUCGGUAUUAUAGUUUUACAAGGGUAUGUUUGGCGACAUGAGUGAAGGCGGCUUUGUUUGCGAAAUAGGAAGCAGAUUCUAGAUUUAAUUUUGGAUUGAAGAUACUUAAUGUGAGUCUGGAAGGAGAGUUCACACUAACCAGACGCUUAGGUAUUUGUAGUUGUCAACAUAUUCUAAGCCAGAACCGUCCAGAAUAGUGAAUCUAGUCGGGCGGAGGGUGCAGUCAGAAAUCGUUUAAAGAGCAUGCACUUAGUUUUACUAGCAUUUAAAAGCAGUUGGAAGCCACAGAAGAAUGUUGUAUGGCGUUGAAGCUCUGUUGGAGUUUUGUUAGCACAACGUCUAAAGAAGGGUUGGAUGUAUACAGAAUGGUGUAUAGGUGGAUCAGAGAAUCACCAGCAAGAAGAGCGAUAACGUUGAUAUAUACAGAGAAAAGAGUUUGCUCGAGAAUUGAACCCUGUGGCACCCCCAUAGACUGCCAGAGGUCCGGACAACAGGCCCUCCGAUUUGACACACUGAACUCUAUCUGAGAAGUAGUUGGUGAACCAGGCGAGGCAGUCAUUUGAGAAACCAAUGCUAUUGGCUCUGCUGAUAUGCGAAUGCGGUGAUUGACAGAGUCGAAAGCCUUGGCCAGGUUGAUGAAGACGGCUGCACAGUACUGUCUUUUAUCGGUGGAGGUUAUAUCGUUUAAGACCUUCAGCGUGGUUGAGGUGCUUGGGCAAGUUGCUGCAGGGAGUGCUGAGAUGUUGGCCGGGGUAGGGGUAGCCAGCUGGAAAGCAUGGCCAGCUGUAGAAAAGUGCUUAUUGAAUUUCUCGAUUAUCUUAGAUUUAUCGACUGUGACAGUGUUUCCUAUCCUCAGUGCAGUGGGCAGCUGGGAGCAGGUGGUCUUUUUCUCCAUGCACUUUAGUGUCCCAAAACUUUUGGGAAUUGUCCUACAGGAUGCAAAUUUCUGUUUUGAAAAAGCUAUCCUUAGCUUUCUUAACUGACUGAGUAAAUUGGUUCCUGACUAUAUUGGUUCCUGACCUGAUUAUUCAACGCUUAUGCAGAACGCCACAGGAUGUUUUUGUACUGGUCAAGGGCAGUGAAGUCUGAAGUGAACCAAGAGCUAUGUCUGUUCUUAGUUCUACAUUUUUUUGGAAUGGGGCAUGCUUAUUUAAGAUGGUGAGGAAAGCACAUUUGAUGAGGUCAAUAUCCUUCCAGGAUACCCGGGCCAAGUCGAUUAGAAAGGCAUGCUCGCUGAAGUGUUUAAGGGAGUGUUUGACAGCGGACCCAUUACGCACGCAGGCAAUGAGGCAGUUAUCGCUGAGAUCCUGGUUGAAGACAGCAAAUGUCUAUUUAGAGGGUGAGUUGGUCAGGAUGAUAUCUAAGAGGGUGCCCAUGGUUACGGAUUUAGGGUUGUACCUGGUAGGUUCCUUGAUCAUUUGUGUGUGAUUGAGGCCAACUAUCCCAGAUUGUAGGACAGCCGGGGUGUUAAGCAUGUCCCAGUUUAGGUCACCGAACAGUACGAAUUCUGAAGAUGGAUAGGGGUGAUCAAUUCACAUAUGGUUUCCAGGGCACAGCUCGGGGCUGAAGGGGGUCUAUAAGAGCGGCAACGGUGAGAGACUUGUUUCUGGAAAGGUGGAUUUUUAUAAGUAGAAGCUCAAUUUGUUUGGGCACAGACCUGGAUAGUAUGACAGACCUCUGCAGGCUAUCUCUGCAGUAGAUUGCAACUCCGCCCCCUUUGGCAGUUCUAACUUGUUGGAAAAUGUUAUAGUUAGGGAUGGAAAUUUCAGGAUUCUUUGGUGACCUUCCUAAGCCAGGAUUCAAACACAGCUAGGCCAUCCGGGUUGGCGGAGUGUGCUGAAGUAGGGAUAUUUUUUUUUUUUAGGGAGGAGGUUUCUAAUGUUAACAUGCAUGAAACCAAGGCUUUUAUGGUUACAUAAGUCAAAAAAUGAGAGCGCCUGGGGCAAUGGAAUUGAUGCUGGGGGCUGUAGGGCCUGGGUUUACCUCUACAUCAACAGAGGAGUAGGGUAAGCGUACGGCUAAAGGCAAUAAGAACUGGUCGUCUAGUGCGUUUGGGAACAGAGAGUAAAAUGAGCAGAUUUCUGAGCACGGAAGGAUAGAUUGUACAGACAAGGGUAUGGUAGGAUGUAAGUACAGUGGAGGUAAACCUAGGCGUUGAGUGAGGAUGAGAGAGGUUUUGUCUUUAGAGGCACCAUUUAAGCCAGGUGAGGUCACCGCAUGUGUUGGGGGUGGAACAAAAUGACUAGAUGAGGCAUUUUGAGCUGGGCUGGAGGCUCUACAGUGAGAUAAGACAAUCACUAACCAAAACGGCAGUAGACAAGGCAUAUUGACAUUAGGGAGAGUCAUGUGUAGCUGAGUGAUCAUAGGGUCCAGUGAGUAGUUAGGCUGGAGACAUGGCGAUUCAGACAGCUAGCAGGCCUGGGCAAGCAGAUGGGCCUGCGGGGGACAUCAACGGAAGAGCCUGUAGAAACCCCAUCGGAUGCUUUCGUCGGCAGAUCAGUCGUGAUGGAUCGGCGGUGCACCGUGUCGGCAGUAAAGGGGUCCAGGCCAAUUGGCAAAAGAGGUAUUAAAGCCCAGGAAUUGGCUGAUGGAUCUCUUCAGCUAGCCGGGAGAUGGUCCUAGCUCCAGGCUAACUGGUGCUUGCUUCGGGACAGAGACGGAGGCUGUCCCGAAGAGGCUGGCUUAUGUCCAAGCUAACUGACUACUAACUAGUUAGCUGGCUAGCUACUGAUUGGGGUUCCAGUUCUAAAGUAUAAAAAAAAUUCAGAUCCAUACCACAUUGGGUGAAGCGGUUUGCAGGAGAGUAUGUUCAGUCUAGAUAGAAAUUGAUAUAUAUAUAUUAUUUUUUAUUUAUUUAACUAGAUUUGCCCGGUACAAAACAAAAACAGAAGUCCGAGUGCAAUCUUGGAACAGAUGUUUAGUUGGGAAGUGUGCGCUUAGUAUUUUUCUGCUUUUCUGUGUAGUGCUGUAUUUUUCGUGACGUCAUCUUCCUACAUUAUAUAGGUAUGCACGUCAGCUUUGAAAUCGGUUUUGCACAUCAUCGUUAAACUAGACACAGGGCCAAUGCCGAUGUUGGCAUUUUUAGUUAAUAUCGGUAGAUUUCUGAUAUGCUCACAGAUCUAUCUUGCAUCCCUAGUUGCAACCAAUCAGGACCAUUGGAAGGGAAGAGCAAGACUGUAACCAAGCAUUCUGUCCAUUAUAUUUUUUUUAAACAUUUUUUAAAUUUCUUUUUAAAUUUUUGGCAAUCUUCCAGCACAGGUGGAACCAUUUUACCUAGAAGGUUUUUAUUCUAUUGUCAUGAUUCAAGACCUGUUACAAAUAGCCUGUAGGCUUUGUGUAGAGCUGAAAGGAAUGGAUUGCCCUGGUAUAAGACAUUUUGUAAUAGCUCCACCAUGCCUGAGAGACUUCUGAACUAUUUCCAUUUUGCUUACACUAUCCACUCCUCUCAGAUCUACACAAGUGCAUAGGGGCUCAAAGCUGAUGGAUAGGACUUGCAUUUCUUUCUACACUUAACACAUUUCUGUAACAGUUUCCUUGAUCUGCCGUUCAGCCGGAAUCAUGCCAUGUUUUCUAAGAGCGACGCUUGUCUGAACUGCACCAUCAAUACGUGGAGGAGAAGGAAAUGGACACAUUUUAAUAUUGUCUUUUCAUCUGGUAAAUUGUCUGUUUAUAGUUUUUUUGCUCCUGUUAUAUUGACCUUUUUAUUGCUUAUAAAAAAUAUAUAUAAUGUAUUGAAUUGACUUAAGGUUUUAAUUUGUAUCUGUGAUAUUGACAUUAGAUGAGUCUAAUUCACUUGUGGAAUAGCUAUCGGACUUGGCUGGGAAGAUGAAACUUAACAAUUUCUAUUUGUACGUUUUGUGCGUUCCAUUUAUUAAAGAUGUUAUUGCCUUUGA